AUGAAGAACAACGCCAGCUCGGUGAACUACUUCACCGAGUCGUCCGACGAGGACGACGAGGGAACGGUCAUGAUCAAAAAGGUCCAACAAGACAACAAGCUAUGGGACUCGUUCCAAGACCCGCCGGUCCCGCAGACGUCCGGUUCCGCCGUCAGCCAGGAGUAUCUGGUAACGUUCAUCAAAGGGCUGAAGGUGUUUACCUACAUCUUCGUGUUCCUGGUCAUCCUGGGCAGUGCGUGCUUCUCCAAGAUGUCGUUCCUGCUGAUGGUGUCCAACAUCAAGGAGGGCACCAAGAAUCGCUACUGUGACGUCAGACAGCCGGACAAGCAAUUCGAAGCGUACAUUCCCCGGGAACAGCGAGUGGCCUGGAUGUGGGCGAUUUUCUUCUCGUUCUCCGUGCCAGAAGUUGGAGCCUUCAUCCGUGCAUCCCGUAUUUGUUUCUUCAAAAACAUCCCCCGACCGUCCUGGGGCCAGCUAGCGGUGGCGGCCGUGAUGGAGGGAUUCCACGUGUGUGGGCUGGCGAUUCUGGCCUUCUUCGUGCUCCCCCAGCUGGACGUAGUGAAGGCGGCCAUGUUGACAAACUGCGUCUGCCUGGUUCCGGCCCUUCUCGGCCUGGCGUCCCGUUCACCCCGCGAAUCGAAGCUGGCCUUCAAGUACCUGUUCGAUCUGCUGGCGAUCAGUGCCCAGAUCACCGGGUUCGUGGUGUGGCCACUGCUCAACAACCGGUUCGAGCUGUGGUUCAUCCCCGUCGGCCUCUUCCUGGUGUCGUUCCAUUGGUGGGAAAACUAUCUGUCGCUGAAAAGCUUUUUCCGCCCAAUCGCGGCGUUGGCAGCCAUACGUGAGAAGUUAACGGAUUGUCGCUAUCAAACGUACCUCCUGCUCGCGCCCUUCAAGAUAGCCCUCUUCCUGGGGGCCACCAUUUUCCUCUCCGAGCAGUCGGUGUCCGACUUCUUCGGUCUGUUUGGCAGUGGCUGGGGCAACCACACCAUCACCGUGACCGAGAUGGAAGCGGUGCUGAACGAAAAGUUUCCCGACCUGUCCGCCAUUACAUCGGACCUGGAGGUGCAACAAAUAUUCCCGACCAGCAACGCCAUCCUCUGGACGACGGUGGCCCACAUCCUGUGCUCGUACGUGUGCUACAUCUUCAGCAAGUUCGCGUGCAAGAUUCAGAUCCAAAGCUUCUCGAUGGCGUUUCCGAUCAAUCUGACCGUGCCCGUCACCGUGACGCUGCUGCUCGUGUUUUGCGGUCUCCGCGAGGCGGACGUUUGCGCCUUCGACGGCAUCCUGCCCGACUACGUGUUCUUCCGGAUGCCGCCGAUCUACUAUCUCUUCGAUUACGUCGUCAACGAGUUCUCGUGGCUGUGGCUACUGUGGUUACUGUCCCAAACGUGGAUCACGCGCCACCUGUGGUUGGCCAAAAGUGACCGCAACGCGUCGACCGAGAAACUGUUCGUGACGCCGAUGUACAACAGUUUGCUGAUUGACCAGAGUGUCGCCAUGAACCGGCGGCGUGAAGAUCAGGAGGAUUUCGUGAAGAAAAUUGAUAUGGUGAAAGUGAAGGACACGGAGAAGGCGAACGAAAUCGAUGCGAAGGCAAACGAAGGGAAGGAUGACCGGAUCAAGCCGUACGAUCGCAUCCCGCAGAUCUUCAUUUGCGCCACGAUGUGGCACGAAACGAAGGAGGAGCUGAUGGAGUUCCUGAAAUCGCUGCUACGCCUGGACGAAGAUCAGUGUGCCCGCCGGAUGGCCAUGAAGCACAUCCAAGCGAACAAGGACGACAUCGAUCCGGACUAUUACGAUCUAGAAACUCACAUUUUCUUCGACGACGCGUUCGUGAACGAUAAAUCCAAGUGCGAGAGCGCCGAUGCGUCACCGCUCAACGCGUACGUGAAGGCACUGAUCAACCACAUCGAGGAAGCGGCCCUGGAGGUGUACAAAACGAAGAUGCGAAUCUAUCCGCCGACGAAAAUUGUCACCCCGUACGGUGGGCGGCUGAUCUGGACGCUGCCGGGGCGUACGAAGAUGAUUGCGCACCUGAAGGACAAGAACAAGAUCCGGCACAAGAAGCGCUGGUCACAGGUGAUGUACAUGUACUAUCUGCUCGGAUUCCGUAUCAUGCAGCUUAACACGUCGCCCGAGCGGAAGAUGGUGAUCGCGCAGAACACCUACUUGCUGGCCCUGGACGGGGACAUCGAUUUCCAGCCGAACGCCGUCUCGCUGCUGGUGGGUCGCAUGAAGAUAGAUCCCGAUCUGGGGGCGGCCUGUGGACGGAUUCAUCCUGUCGGCACGGGCCCGAUGGUGUGGUACCAGGUGUUCGAGUACGCCAUCGGUCACUGGCUCCAGAAAGCGACGGAGCACGUCAUCGGGUGCGUCCUGUGUUCACCCGGGUGCUUUUCGCUGUUCCGCGGCCGUGCCCUGAUGGAGAACUCGGUAAUGAAGAAGUACACCACCAAGUCGGACCAGGCUCGGCACUACGUGCAGUACGAUCAGGGUGAAGACCGGUGGCUGUGUACGCUGCUGUUGAAGCAAAAGUUCCGCGUCGAGUAUUCGGCCGCAUCGGACGCGUACACGCACGCUCCGGAAGGAUUCAACGAGUUCUACAACCAGCGACGCCGUUGGGUGCCUUCGACGAUCGCCAACAUCUUCGAUCUACUGUCGGACGCGAAGCGGGUAGUGAAGACCAACAACAGUAUCUCGAUGCCGUACAUCGUGUACCAGUGUAUGCUGAUGUUCGGGACGAUCCUUGGGCCGGGCACCAUCUUCCUGAUGAUGGUCGGCGCACUGGUCGCGGUGUUCCGCAUCGACAUGUGGACUUCGUUCCUGUGGAACGGCGUGCCGCUGGCCGGCUUCAUGGUGAUCUGCUACUGGAUGGAGCAAAAGUACCAACUGAUCGCUGCCUUCUUCAUCUCCGCAAUCUACUCGCUCGUCAUGAUGGCCGUCCUGGUCGGUAUCGUGGUGCAGGUAAUGGAAGACGGCAUUCUGGCACCCUCGUCCAUGUUCUUCCUGGCCGUGGCACUGCAGAUCGUCAUCACGGGGUUGCUGCAUCCGCAGGAAAUGGAAGCGCUUCCGGCGGGGCUCGUCUACUACAUCACCAUCCCGUCGAUGUACAUGCUGCUCGUUAUCUACUCCGUGUUCAACAUGAACGACGUAUCGUGGGGUACCCGCGAGAACCCGGUGGAUGCGGCCAAGAAGGAAGCGACACCGACCGACCGACCGCAGGGGAGGAUGCAGAAAAUCCUUGGCUACCUUCGGUCGCCCGACAAGGAAGAGAACGGUUCGAUUGACUUCUCGAUCAACGGGCUGUUCCGGUGUAUGCUCUGUACGCACGCGAAACCGACCGCCGAAAAGGAACAGAUCGCCCAAAUCGCUGCCUCGCUCACCGACAUCGGGCACCGGAUGAAGGCGCUGGAAAUGAAAUUAACCGGCAACGUCACCGUAAUGAGAUCAGACGACGAGGAUGAUGACAUCGGCCUCCGCCUCGAUAUGCAUCGCUCGGAAGGCGCCUCGCCGGCCUCCACAUCCGGUGUCUCGUCGCCCAUCCAGACGGUAAAGAACGAUUCGCUGGAGGAGCCCGAGAAACAGCUCAACUUCCUGCCGGACUGGCUGUACGAUGUGGACCUGAAAAAUGGCGACACCGAAACCAUCUCCGCCUCGGAGGAACUGUUCUGGAUCGAGCUGAUCGAGAAGUACCUCAAACCGCUCGAUCUGUCCGAGAAGCAAAAGGACGAGAUGAAGUCGCAGCUCAAGAACUUGCGCGAUUUGGCCGUGUUUGCGUUCGUGAUGGCCAACGCGCUGUUCGUGUUGGUAAUUUUUCUGCUCCAGCUCAAGAAGGAAGAACUGCACGUCGAGUGGUGGUUUAACGUGAAGAAUCAGAUCAGCUACGACGAGAGCACGGUGGAAAUCAUGAUCCGCCGGGAGUACCUGGAGCUCGAACCGAUCGGGCUCGUGUUUGUGCUGUUCUUCGGCGUCAUCCUGGUGAUCCAAUUCCUGGCCAUGCUGAUGCACCGCUUCGGGACGAUCUCGCAGAUCCUCGCGUCGACCGAACUGAACUGGUACUGUUCGAAGAAGGCCAAGGACAUGUCGCUGGAUGCGGAAUUGCGUGAAAAUGCGGUCGAGAUCGCACGGCGUCUCCAACGCCCCAAGCCCCAGUGGGACGAGGAAGACUUGGAGGACGAGCAGAAAGCCAUCGGCCGGCGGGACACGAUCCACCGGAUUCUGUAUCAGCACAAGAACAAACAGGACUGGAGCAACCUGGAGGCGAACUUUAAGCGAAACUACUACAAGGAGGGUGACCUGGAUCUGGGCGGCCGGCUGACGUUGAGCCGGAAAACCCUGAACGUGCUGGACACGCGCCGCAAGUCGAUGGCGGAGCAAAGGAAGAUCCGUAAGUCGAUCAUACGUGGCCAGAACCCGUACGAUUCCGGAGGCGAUAUGUGGCGGUACCCUGAAGAUGAAGGGACGGCCAGUCACCAGAGCUCCCCGGGUGGCGGUGGAGGUGGACACCCCCCGUACGGUGGCGGACCGGGAAGUUACGGGGAUGGUUCACCCCAGUUCGACGGUAAACGGAAGCGCAGCGGAACGGCGGGCUCCGGACUCGGGUCCGGAGGUCGUACUAACUUCGCGUACCAAGUGGACGACGAUUUCGACGAUAACUUCUCGGACGAGGACACGCGCGAAAGCAUUCCGGCCCCGUACCGGCGGUCGACGGUCGAGCUGGAGAUGGCCGAACGCACGGCCGCAAGGCCGCCUCCGAAGAAUCGCAAGAGUCGAGUAGCGUUCGCCUAAGGCGACGACGAGGACGAUGGGACGCGCAGUGUUACGCAGUCAAAGUUCGCCUGCCAACCCAAAAUCCGAGCGUAACAAAUUACUGCUUACGAGGUUCCUGUUGAGUUGACGCAAACUUCCGGUGACCGCCCGGUCCCGGGACCCCGGCAGGAGGACUCGACUGUCGGCGGUCGGUCGAAGUAACGUCAAAGUGGUACGGAGAGAUUCCCGGUCCGUGCUUGCGUGGCAGCGUUUUAAAGUUGGCAAAGUUGGCCAGGCGCGCGUAAGACAGCUUCCCCGGCACGUCGAGCUUUCGGCGAACAAAAACAAGCAACGGCAAAGGAACCGGAAGAUUAUAACCUAACCGG